GGUAGAAAAUAACAAAUAUUAAGCCUAGGAAAUUGUUAAAACGUGCAAAAAUACCAUAAAAGAGUUCACUGUUGUCAUUAACAUUAAAUUGUGUACGUAGGCACGUUGGCAAACGAAUUGCACUGCUCUGCAAUUUGAUUUCCAUCGGAAACAAUCAACAUAGAUUUCCCUCCAAAGAGGCAGCAUCAUAACAACAACAGACAUUGAAGUGUUUUGGAAAUUAAAAUAAAACAAGCAUUAAAAUGCCGAUUUGUAAGCGGGAAGGAUUUGAUCUAAAUCAAUCGGAGAGCAAACAUGAAACAUUCCACGAUAAUGAUUUGGUCUUCUGCUGCUACAUUACAAAACGCAUAUUUCGCGACUACGAAGACUACUUUCGUCACGUUAUGGUCAUAAAUUCAACGGUCUGGCAGUGCGAAGCCACUGGACGCGAUAGUCUCACUUAUGAAGAGGCUUUGAAAAGCGAGCGUGUCGCUCGUAAGAAGAUGGAACAGUUUAAGCAGAGCCUGCGGGCGCCCACACUGUUGGUAAUUGAGCAUGCCCGCCAAUCGGCCGUAAAAACGCUCCAUCUGAUUGUGACUAAGUUUUUACGCAAGCGUUACUUUCUAAAUGAGGAGGUCACGACGCUGAACAAAAAGAACAUAUCAUAUAUUGUAGUGGGUAUAAAACCACCGAAAAACGCACCUGAACCCGCAAACGGAGUAUAUGAAAAUACCGAAGACCUAGAAUAUCGCCUACGUGAGGUCAAAGGAGAUGAGAGUACAGAGAUUACCGUGCCUUUCGAACAAUUGCGCCGUCUGCGCAUGGAGUUCACCAACGAGAACUUGCAAAUGUACAUCAAAAACAAUGUGACCCGAGUGGAUGGAAUCCUGCGGCCCAAGCCAGACGUCUACAAGCAGUACGUGACAGACCGGAAAAUCACAUUCUCAAGUAUUUUCAUAGGGAAGAUGCCGCGCUACUCACCUGCGAAAAUCAAACGGCCGGAUCAAGCGCCCAGCAAGGACACAAAGAAGCAGGCGACACUUAAUAAAUAUUUGGUCAAGGGUGACGAAGCUAACAAAGAAGAACCGUCCACGGUGGAGCAACAAAAGAAUGAGAAGGCCGCCAAGGCCAAAUCGCUGCAGGCUGAGAUGGAGCGCAUGCGUCUGGAGAAGAUAGAGAAACUAGCCGAAAAAGAACGUCAGAAGGCGGAGAAGAAGGCACAGCUGUUAGAGCGUGUCGAAACAGAAUGUAACAAUCUGCUAACAAAAACGGAUGAUUUAGAGCGUAGCGAUCAGCGCCUGCUCCCCAUAUACAGGCCUAUUAUCACACACGUCCCUGUCCAGCUUCUUGGAGACGGUUUCAUGCUGCGCGAAUUCAUGCACUCGUACGCGGGAUUGCUCUCCGGAAUCGAGGUAUUCCGACAAAAUCUCAGUUUCUAUGAAAUGUCACGAGCAUUGACAGCGCGCGAAGUGGCAGGUCCACUAUCGGACAUUCUACUAAUUUUGCUGGGCACCGUAUUUGACCUGCAAAAGGAGGAGGAGGAGGAGUGCCCUCACAAAUAUUUAAUCGGAUACGGGCCAAAGGAUCGGGAACCCUACCGCAGUAUGAGUGAUGCGACACGCAGUCACUUUUAUGCCGAGCGACAUUUUUCUUUUAAGAUCAACGAGCUGCCACUGGAUGCGCUGACACUGAGCGAAGUGUUGCGAUUGCAUUUACUGUCAUCUGGCGCUGCCGUAACGGAGCGCGCCGAAAAGUGGAGGGUUAUGUACCGAAAUGGCUAUUCCUCACGCGAAGAUCCUGGUCUAGAGUUACGAAUGCAACAUGCGCAUAUCCUGCGCGCGCUCAAGAAUUACUCUAUCUAUCAGUUCAGCUUUGUCGACAUUAUGCGCGUCAUACGCUGCCUUAUGGCCCAGAUCCUCACCUAUUCGGGCACCAUCAACGUCAUCGAGGAACGCAUGGAGCAGGCGGCGAAGGCGCGUAUAGAAUUGCGCACGCUGGUGGCAGCUGAAAACAGAAGAGUGGCAGCCGUAGACUCACAGAAGCGGAAGAUGACUAACGAGUACAAUCAGCAAUGCAUGACAGACGAGCUUAAAAGCGAUGCUGAAAAGAAAAAGACACUUGGAGACAAGUUAAAUCGGCGUAUCGCAGAGCUGCUUGCAUUAUCCGAUCGGGAGCGUCGUAAGCACGAGACCCAGGUACUUUCGCUCCGCUCGCAGUUGUUUAAUUUUUUGGUAUAUCUGGGCUCUGAUCGCUGCUAUCGUAAGUACUACGUUUUGGAGUCCAUACCGGGCAUAUUUAUAGAGCAUCCGCCCGACAGCAUGGAUAUUUGUUUGAAUCAGCCGCCUCAAAAUAAGACCCAGGCAGAUAUACGUAAUUUGGCGGAGUUGCCCACAAAUCGAAAAAAUUUGCGCACAUAUCUGCUGAAGCUCUACGGCGACGAGCGCAAGCGAGGCCGACGUAGUAGCAAACCCGAGGUUCCCAAGCAAUCGCUUGAGAACAAGGAGAACCAGGAACAUCGUGUGAAUGGGCUUUCCAAGUCAACCAGCUCGCUGACCAAUGGCACACAUCCUGAAGCUAGUGUAGAUGACCCUGGCGUAGAAACGGAUGUAGCGGCUUGUGAGAAUGAAGAUUCGCCCACGCAAUAUCAGCUGUUAAUGUGCAGCGGAGACAAACGUAAUUGUAUUGUACACAAUGAUCGAAAUGCAGGUCGCCAGCGUUGGGCAUAUAUUUACAAACCGGAGGAAAUCGAAGCAUUAGUCAAUGCACUUAAUCCACUAGGCUGGCGUGAAUCGAGUCUUCGCGAUGAGCUAACCAGUCUGCGCUCGCUAAUAGAACAGCACGUAAAAAAUUGUCCGGUGGAUUUGCUUAGCCUGGAGGACGAGAAGCGGCGUCAGAGCUUUCGCAAUGCCAUGCACCAGGAAACACAUCGAAAGUAUGGCAAGGCCAACUUUGGCCUCCCAGAUGACACCGAUCUCAGCGAGGUAAUGCAGCUACAUCUUAUCGAUCGCAUUCUACAGUUUGAAUCGGAUAUAUAUACGGGGGACCUGGGCAGGCUUAAGGUCAAGGACAUGCAAAAGUGGCGCGAUGAUUUACUAAACCGCAGAUACGAUCCGCAGGGCAAGUUACAGUGGGGUCCUAUAGGCAUCGGAGUGCGCCAAACAGGAGGAGCUAAUCAGGAAGAGGACGUCAAUUCAGAGAAUGGCUCUACCUAUGGAGGUGAUGAGGAAGACGGUGAGUUGGAAGCCGAGAGCGCCGAACCAUAUGUGUCACGGGCAUUUGGUUCCAAGCCGUAUCGCGAUCCAGGCGAGCAACUAGGUCCAACACUUGAAAUAGAAUCGGAGGACAGUGCCGACGAUGAUGUGCCGCUCUUGGAAUCAGAAGAGUUACAAUCCCAGGUACACAAGCUGGCGUCGGCGUUGCUUCAAGUGGAGCAAGCCAUUGAAAAACGCUUCCUUAAAGAGCCCUAUGGCGUGACGACGCGUGAAACCAACAAGGAGAAACUGGAGCUAAAGCAGCGAGCCGGUCAGGCCCGACUCAAGCAGUGGGAGGUUUCCCUAAUGGAAAGUACUAGCUUUGCGCAGGUCUUUCUGCAUUUGAACAUACUUCAUGAUUGCAUCAUGUGGGCGCGAUCCACAAACAAGUCACUUUGUUCUGUUUGCCGUCGGGGAAGCGAUCCUGAAAAAAUGUUGCUCUGCGAUGAAUGUAACGGCGGCACCCACAUGUUCUGCAUGAAGCCAAAAAUGCGGACAGUGCCGGACGGCAACUGGUACUGUGGUCGAUGUGUUAAAAAUCUCGGCCUGAAGAACGAAGUGCAGCCGGAGCAGAAGAAGCGCGCUGCUCAAAAGAAGCGCAAAUUCAUUGUAGAAGAGGAUGAGGAAUUGGCCGACGAGGAGCAAAACGACGAGGACAACAACGAGGAACAAAUGGAUGUGUCCGAUAAUACAAGCGAAGCAUCAUCAGCUAAUGUUAAGUCUGCACACAAGCGGCGCGCCUCCGGACGACGCAGUGGCCGUCAGUUAAAAUCCAAGGAAAUCGAGCAGGAACUUGAUGAGGAUGAUGAAGAGGCAGAAGAAGAGCCGCACAGCGAUGAUGAGCAGAUGGCUGAUGAGUCCGAUGUAGCAGAAUCGGACAACGGUGAUGAUGAGAACAACGAAGAAAUAUACGAUAAAGAUGCAGAAGAAAGCGAAGUGGAGGAGGAGAAGAUCUGCAUGAUUUGCUGGUAUGAUGGCAGCGAAGUGUGCUGUGCCCGCUGUAAUGAUUGGUACCAUCUAGAGUGUGAGCAGCUGAAACGACGGCCGCGCGCCGACUUUGUGUGCAAAAAGUGCAAGGGUGGUGACACGCGACGUCGCCCAAGACAAAAUGCCGAUGGAGAUGCUGAUGAUGAUGGCGAUGAUGAGCCGCAUGCCAAACGCUCACGUUCGUUUCGAACUUCGCUUCGAAUUUCAAUGCAGAAUGGAGAAGCAUCCGAAAAAUCCAGUACGCGUCACAGCAAUAACAAUAACAAUAGUACCAGCAAUAAUAACAAUCGUCGCUCUGGUCGUCGCACCAACGACAAUCUGCCGCUAAACAGUGCCGCUCUUUAUGAUCUGCUUGAGCAGACGAUGAAGCACAAAUCCGCCUGGCCAUUCCUGCGCCCAGUGCUGUCCUCCGAGGUACCAGACUAUCACAAGAUUAUCAAGUCGCCGAUGGACUUGGCCAAAGUCAAGUCCAAGCUAAACAUGGGAGCUUAUCAGAUAAAUGAGGAGCUACUGAACGAUAUCCAACUCGUGUUCCGAAAUUGCGAUCUCUACAAUGUUCAGGGCAAUGAGAUUUACGACGCCGGCAGUCAAUUGGAACGCUUUGUCAUUGCACGCUGCAAGGACUUACAGUUGCCCUUCAAGCCGAGCGACAUGAAUGCCGAGGCUAUUUGUUGAGCAGGCGACUCGCCGUGCAUUACGUAUAGUGUACUAUAAAUUAUGCAUAUUAGGCCUAAACAUACAUAAAGACGAGCUCGCGUACAUAAUUAGCGUUACAUUUACAUUAUUAGUAGGAUAUUAUAUUUGUGUGAAAGAAAAUAAAAUAAUCACAUACAAUUUUCGCACUUUUAAAAUCCAUCUUGAACCUUCGAAGUCGGACUCGAAAUAUAAGCUAGAUUCACAUUCCCAAAAAUCUAUAUUCAAGGAACAGCACACAUCUAUUUUUGUUCUUCGGCUUCAGCAGUUAAGUUAAAUGUUAAUAAAUUAUUCUGUUCGAUUUCAUGAGUUUUUUCUAAUGUGUAUCCAU